GCACACGAAAACUGCAUUCAGCAUCAUAUGUAAAGAAAUCAGUGCCUCCUCUCUCGCUUCUGUCACGCUCAUUCUUGACAACGUCGUUAGUACCAGAUGACUUCAUACACCUAGAUAUCGCUUAACUGUAACGUUAUCUCAAUCAGAGAGGGUUACCAUUAGGUUCGGACAGAAAUAUCAAGCAACAAAUAAUCCGAAGGAUCAACAGUUUGAUUAAAGGUUACAAUACACAGUCCCACUGGAGCUCGUUCAUUAAGGUUAUCUGUGUCAUGCAGCAGAAAGUGUGCACACGCAACACAGCGCUGUUUGUGAAGAACGGGCAGGUGUGUGGAGCUGGAGCCCCUCCUCAGCAUCCUUUCCGCUGCCCUCGAUGUGGAGAGCAUGAACGUUUCCACAGUCUCUCUUCUCUCAGAGCUCACCUAGAAUACAGUCACCCACUCCACACGAAACAUGACAUCAGCCUCCUGUCCGCCAGGGAUCUCUCUAACACAGAGCACAUGGAAAGUUGCAAACUCUCCAAUACGGACAUGCAUGAAGUACGUGGCGUCGGCACGAACACUAACUCCACUGCGAGAGGAGAGCACAAGCACUUAUUCAGCGCUGACCAAACUCCAUCGCAGCAGCCCGCAGAGCAAAAGCUCCCGCCCCCAGAGAGGAGCCUCAGCGUUGGAGCCGGACCCCUCUCGGCUCCUGUGGCAUCAGUGGAGAAGAGGCUGGAGGGGAUGAUGAGGACAGCCAAUAGCAGCAUGGAGCGACGUCUGCUGCGGCUGAGCUCAGAGCUGGCACAGACAGACACGGCUAUCCUGUGUGAGCGCGCUCACUCGCAUCACCUGGCCCAGGAGAAACAGGAAGUGCAGGAGCGAGAGCGGGCGCUCAGCAGACAGGUAGACACCGCCGUUCUGGUGAUCGCCACACUGAGACAACAGCUCAGCGUCUCAGAGCACGAGCUGGAGAGGAGAGAACAGGAAGUUGUGACCAUCCAGAGGUUUCUGGAAGCAGCGGCGCAGCACGAGAUGUGCGGGAAGGUUCGUCUGCGUCGGUUCAUCGAGGGCCUCUUGCGGAGGAUUUCUCUGGCUGAGAGACUCCUGGAAUAUUAUCAGAGCGUCCCUCACAGGCAUUAUUGCACGGCUCACUCUGUGCCUCUGCCAUCAGAGCUCGGUCCACAUAGAAUAACACAAAACAGGUCUUCAGGAGAUCAUCUUGAGCAGGACGAAGAGCAGCAGUUACCCGGUCAGUCUGGAUGGGGUCUGUCGAAAGGUGCUUCUGGGAGACUGGGUUACGACAGCUGGUCCCAGAGGAGGAGGUCAGAUGGGUACGAGGUUUAGGGACAGAGGCGGAGCUCAGCAAUGACUGUACAUGCAAAUAACACUAUUUCAAAUAUUACUGAAUUAUGUUGAAUCUAUUAAUAAUUAUACAGUGGAGUCAAAAGUCUGAAACCAGAUUGAAAUUCAUAUUUAUUUUUCUGUUUUCUUUACUGCUGCAGUCUGCCUGUAUCUUUGUUUUUACGUGCAAAAAUCAUUUCAGGUUGCCAAAAGCUAAGAAAUGUUGAUAUUCAUGUUACAUUUUCACUAGAAGCAGACUUUUGGACACCACUGUAUGUAAAUAUGAGUUUUACAA